AUGCAUUAUGAGCUUCAGGGCGAAAAUCCGUCAAACGUUAGCGACAUCACAGUUUACGUCAACACAUAUCUUACGGGGCUUCUCUCGGAGUCGGAGCGUAACAAGCUCAUCGCCAAAGCUAACGGGCUUUUUAUAUGGGUUGCUACAGCCCGUAGAGAGCUUGAAGACGCAGAUGGUCCUGACGCUCGUGCUCGUACACUUGCCAGCCUCAUCACACGAGGAAAAGGAGGCGACAUAAACCACCUUUAUACCGGGAUUCUUCGUCGCCUCUCUAAGGAGGCCUCUCUAGAAGUGGUGAAAAAGAUCAUUGGAACUAUCUCUAUUCUUUUCGAGCCAGUUUCUAUACCAGCACUCUCCAAGCUCGCCGGUAUGAACCUGGACGAUUUGGAGCCUAUGAUCAUGUCCAUGCAGCGUACUUCGCACUGA